GGGAGAUAACUGAAGAAUGGCAUCGACAAAGAUACAGAGUUUUAUUUCAAAUCACAGAAUAGCAUUAAUAGCAGCAGCUGGAGUCGAGUCGUGUCUAUACUAGCAAUGGAAUACACAGAAGUCAUGGAAAUUGUACAAACUUUUCUUCUUGACCACAAAGUAGCUUUGAGUAUUGCAGUAGGUGUUGGUGUAACAUUGAUAUGCGUUAGACGUUACGCAGCUGGUGUCAGGUAUACAAACACAACCACCAGAUUAGAUGGAAAACAUGUGAUCAUUACUGGUGCUAAUGCAGGUAUAGGAAAAGAAACAGCCAUCGACUUGGCAAACAGGGGAGCUAAAGUCACACUUGCAUGUCGAGACAUGAAAAGAGCACAAGAUGCAGCAGACGACAUCAAACAAAUUACCGGGAACCAAAAUAUUAUCGUCAAACAACUCAAUCUAGCCUCGCUGAAGUCGGUGAGAAGUUUUGCUGAAGACAUCAACAAAAACGAGAAGAGACUAGAUAUAUUGAUAAAUAAUGCAGGAAUAAUGAGAUGCCCUUACUGGAAAACAGAUGACGGAUUUGAGAUGCAGUUUGGAGUCAAUCAUUUAGGACACUUUCUAUUGACUAAUUUAUUAUUAGAUAAGCUGAAGAUGUCUGCGCCAAGCAGAGUUGUAACAGUUUCAUCUUUAGCCCAUACAAGAGGAAAGAUGAACUUUGACGAUCUGAACCAGGAAAAGAAUUAUGAUUCUGGUGACGCGUAUUCACAGAGUAAACUGGCAAAUGUGCUUUUCUCCAGUGAAUUGGCAAAGAAACUACAAGGAACGGGUGUGACGACAUAUUCCUUACAUCCGGGAGUUAUAAAUACAGAGCUAUCUAGACAUGUAGCACAGAGCAUUGGAUGGAGAAUGCUUCUUUCGGUGGUAGGUCCGUUGAUUAAAACUCCAAACGAAGGAGCUCAGACGACUCUAUAUUGUGCUGUAGAUGAAUCUCUCUCCGGAGAAACUGGCAAAUAUUACAGUGAUUGUGCGAAGAAAACACCAUCAAAAGAAGCACUAAAUGACGAGAUCGCAAAGCGACUUUGGGGGAUUUCUGAAAAAAUGGUAGGCCGUAAACACUAACACAGCCUAGGACUUGAAUGUGAAUUAAAGACAUUGCAACGGGUAGAACAGCCAUGAGCCAAAAAGAAACCAGCCAAGUAUUAUGAUCAAUUCAGGAAAUACAAAUUAAAAUACAUUCUGUGUAAAAUAGAUAUAAACGGAUGGGAUGAAAACCAGCACAACUUUACCUCAUAUUUACUUUAUGUAUGAAUUAUAAAUAUAAUAAAUUCAUUUUGAACAAA